GACGUUUGUUAUCACAGUCACAUGCUCAAGUCAAGCUCGAUCAGCUGACUGUAUUCCUUCCCUUUUUGAUGGUUCGACUUUUCUUCUCCAAUUGAACGAUUUCGGGGGGUGAUUAACAUUAUUUAUAUUAUUCAGACCGUUUGGCGUCAAUUGUAAACACCAACCUGAAGGUAGUGUUGUGAGAUUGCCCGUAAAAUAUCGCGGUUUGGGUGAUUGAGUGGAUCAUGAACGGACACGCCAUUCUCUACACCGGGGUCACUUUGGCCUUCUGGAGUACUAUUCUCAUCGUUGGUAUCUGCUACACAAUCUUCGACCUUGGAUUCCGCUUUGAUGUGGCAUGGUUCUUGACAGAAACGUCGCCCUUUAUGUGGGCAAACCUUGGCAUUGGCUUGGCCAUCUCGCUCUCUGUUGUCGGAGCAGCUUGGGGCAUUUACAUCACAGGUUCCAGCAUCAUAGGAGGUGGUGUAAAAGCACCACGGAUUAAAACAAAGAAUUUGGUCAGCAUUAUCUUCUGUGAGGCCGUAGCUAUAUAUGGGAUCAUCAUGGCAAUUGUGAUAAGUAACAUGGCUGAGAGUUUUAGCGGCACUACACCAGAGACCAUUGGGGCAAGGAACUACCAAGCAGGCUACUCCAUGUUUGGUGCUGGUCUUACUGUGGGCUUCUCCAACCUCUUCUGUGGCAUCUGUGUUGGCAUCGUUGGGAGUGGAGCCGCCCUGGCUGAUGCCCAGAACGGCAGCCUCUUCGUCAAAAUCCUUAUUGUGGAAAUCUUUGGCAGUGCAAUUGGGCUAUUUGGAGUGAUUGUAGCCAUCUUGCAGACGUCGAAAGUAAAAAUGGGUGACUAGAAGAUGUAUCCGCAAGACAUAAGAUCACGAUGACAAGAUCAAUGGAAGACGAAGCUGGAGAAGCAGAUGGAUUGUGUAAAUUAUUGAAAUGUCUUUUUUGUCUGUGAUUGUUUUUAACCAUUUGCUGAAGAGUGACAUAUUUGCACCAUUUUGUCUUAAAGGAAUGCACCCGAAAGGUUAGAUUAAACUGCAGGUGUUUAAGACAAAAUCCUAUUCCUUUUGAAUAAAAUUAAUCUUCGUAUUACCGUAGUUGUAGGAAAAAAGUAAUUCAUCUCUAGCAAACUUCUUGGCAUUCCCCACAUACUUUUACUGUCAUAUCAAAUGUAUUAGUCAGUAGUAGUAGGGACAUUUUUUUAUUAUUGGGUUUCUUUAAAGCCAUAUUUUGGCAAUGAGGCCCUGUCUACUUCCCCAGAGUCAGAAACUCAUGGAUGCCCUUUUCUGGAAUCUGUGUUCAGGUAGAAGGAAUUUAGAGUUUCAUGAGCCAUCGCAAAUCUGUAAAGAGCUGUUCUGUUCAUUACAUGGAAUUGUGAUAAAUGCCUGUAAAAAAUGGUUUGAAGUAUUGAAAUGUUUGUAUGCAAAAGUCAUGGUGUAACAAAGCAAAUUAUUAUAUUUAUGACUAAUGUAAUCCAUAAUGUUUUUCACUAGUUUCAGUUACUAUAUAUUUAUCAAUGACUGGUGUAAUUAACCAGUACUAUAGUAACACUAAAUGAAUCAAAAUGCAUUGAUACAAAGGUGAUCUAAAGAGAUAUUACUCUGAAAUGGUAAUUGUUGGAUUUUUUUUGACAUUAGUCAGCUGUCAUUCAUUUAAUUUGUGUGGAUGUAUGCAUACCAUUUUGGUUGGCACUCUUCGGUUCUGAUUGGUUAAAAAUGAGUAGUAAAUUUGUUUGUGUAUAUAAAGGGUCUGUUUUGUGAACUGAGGGUGUUUACCAUUCUAUGUACCUUGGGUUGUAAGAUUUGUUUUGUUGAUGCAAGUGGUCUUUGUCCACAGUGAAUGAGCUGUGGCUGAAUAUACAUGUAUAUGAUUUUAAGUGAC